GAUUUUGCAGAAUUCCCUCUCUAUCUCUUUGCUAUUUCUCGGGGUGAGUAGUAGUUAGCGAUCGACGUCGAACCAACGUUUCCCUGGGUGCCUUCUACUCUGAAGAUGUCUUCCAGUGACAUUGAGAGCGGAGCCAGCAGCCCAGCUGCUGGGGAGCCAGUGCAGCAGAGUGUAGUCAACAGGGUGGUCAGUAUGCCGCUUGUCAGUUCCACCUGCGACAUGGUCUCUGCAGCUUAUGAGUCCACUAAGGAAAACCAUCCUUACGUCAAGUCUGUGUGUGGCCUUGCUGAACAAGGGGCAAAGACUCUUGCUGCAGCAGCUGUCAGUGGGGCCCAGCCGAUCCUAUCUAAACUGGAGCCUCAGAUUGCAUCAGCCAGCGAGUAUGCUCAUAAAGGACUGGACAAACUGGAGGAGAAAUUGCCAAUUCUUCAGCAACCAAGUGAGAAGGUUAUAGCUGAUACUAAGGAACUCGUGUCUUCCAAAGUGACUGGUGCCAAGGAUGCAGUCUCCAAUACGGUUUUGGGUGCCAAGGAUGCUAUGACCAGCAGAGUGACCGAGGCUGUGGAUAUGACCCGAGGAGCCGUCCAGAGUGGGGUAGAUAUGACCAAAUCGAUGGUGACCAGCAGUGUCAACACAGUUAUGGGAUCCAAAGUAGGACAAAUGGUCCUCAGUGGCAUGGAUACUGUGUUAGGAAAAUCUGAAGAAUGGGUUGACAACUAUCUGCCCAUGACAGAUGAAGAGCUAGCUAAGAUUGCUACCUCCCUAGAAGGAUUUGACAUGGCCUCUGUCCAGCAGCAGAAGGAGCAACAGGGUUACUUUGUUCGCCUGGGCUCCCUGUCCUCCAAGCUCCACCAGCGGGCCUAUCAGCACUCCUUGGGUAAACUGAGGCAGACCAAGCAGACUACCCAAGAGGCCCUCCUACAGCUUUCUCAGGCCAUCAGCUUGAUUGAAAAUGUAAAGCAGGGUGGUGUUCAGAAAUUGCUUGAUGGCCAAGAUAAACUCCACCAAAUGUGGCUGAACUGGAACCAGAAGGAACUUAAGGACUGUAGUGAUGCUAAACCUGAGCAGGUUGAGUCUCGUACCCUCACCAUGUUCCGGGAUGUCACCCAGCAGCUUCAGAGUAACUGCUUACAGCUUGUAUCCAGUAUCCAAGGCCUUCCUAGCAACAUCCAGGACAAAGUACAGCAGGCUCAUACCCAGAUUGAAGAGCUUCGGGCCACCUUUUCAGGAGCCCAGUCCUUCCAGGACCUCUCCAGUAGCGUCCUGACCCAGAGUAGAGAGCGGGUCAACAAGGCCCGAGAAUCCCUGGAUGAGAUGAUUGAAUACGUCACUCACAACACACCCCUUACGUGGCUUGUGGGACCUUUUUUUCCAUCUGGGCAGACCUCUAGUGAGUCAGAGAAAACGCCAGAGAAGAUGGAAACCAACUAGAGACCCCAGCCAUGGUGCAGACAGGGGUUGAUAGAAUUUUAACCCAGUUUCUGAGAUUCUUUCUCAGAAAGCUAGAUUUGUCUUUAAAACCUGUCUCUUGGCAGGUGGGGUUGUAAUAUUUCCUGAUCAUUCUCUCAGCUUAAAGAACCCAGCUGGCCAGAGCUGCCCAUGGCUCACCCCAGUCUUGGUUCAUUAAAAGGUGAUAGAGGAAAUGGACCUUCCCCUAGUAUCCCCAGGGUCAGGAUUUAAACAGAAAGUAGACUCUCUAGACCCUAAUCCUGAAUAACCCGUAUGUGUCUGAACUGAGACCAGUAACCCACACUUGUCUUUCCAUGAACCUUUCCCUACUCUUUGUAGAAAUGAUCAUUGAACCAGGUGGUAUGGAGGCUAGUAAGCUAGUAAUAACCCUUCCAUAGUAGUAGGAGGGAAGCUCCCUGGUCCUUGGUGGGGAGAAAAUGGGGGACAUAACAUUUUUGUUUCUCUGCCUACUCCACCAACCAAUGUUGUAGAUAAUUUGUUUUUUGUACUAAGCUCUGUUGCCUCAAAUAAAUCUUACUGGCAUUUAACAAUG